GCGCGCUACACACAGUUCCAUUCACUGCACUGUGUGAGGUUUGCUCCUAACUGAGAGAAAGAAAAGAAAAGUUGCUUUGCAUGUUUUGGUCAUCGACAGGCAGCAAACAGAAAUUUUGAACAUCGUGCCGUUAUUUUGGAAAAAGCGCAACGAGCAUCGAGAGAUCUCAACUGGUUCUCUACUUGAUUUUUCUGUACGUUUUUUUUUUAAUUCGUUGAACAACGCGAGACAAGAGGAGAGAAAAACACACCAAACGUAGUUUUCGAACAAAAAAAGAAACGAAAUGUUUCCACUUAACAGCGGCGGAAAAACUUCAAAUUCAAACUUACUGACUUAAGCUCAAAAACUACCGCUUGGGACUUGUAAAAUCGACGAAAACCUGGAACGAACGAACGAACGAAAAACCGAAAACGUAAACGAUUACACUGCCGUAAAUAUUCGGCAUCAAAGUUGGAUAAUAAAUAACGACAACCAAAGCAGCAAAUCCAAUAAAAGAAGAAUUUGCAAGCUGUAAAUAUGUCAUAUGCAUCACUAUAAUCAUAUUAACGCAAAUAAAGCGAAACACAGGCGAACAUGACAUAUGAGAUACAGGCGUAAAGUAGCAAUUAUGAUAUGCAUCAAUAAAUGUAUCCGUUCAAGUGGUCAUGUUUACAUUUUCCAUGCGUAUUAUACGACCGAUACCACUACUACUACUCAAUAGCUCUAGUAACAUAGUCAAUUUUUCCUUAACGACAAACACACAUUUGCUAAUAGUUUUUUAACUAACUGUUAAUAAAAUCACGCGCACUGCCAUUCAUCGUCUGCCAUUUGCCAUAUUGGCAGAGUGAUAGAGCGAAAGACUAAAAAAAAGCGACUACUACAGGACGAAACAGUAAAUAAAUCAACGCAAACAUUUGCUUAUUAAAUGCGCAAAGCAAAUAGCUAAUGACACAAAAAAUACAACGCGGUGCGGCGACAGGUGAGCCAAUCCAAAUUGAGUGACAGACAAUUGUGUGAUAAACUAAAUGAUUGGAUAAUUUGCAAAAGUUUGUUAAACAGAAACGACAGUAAAAAAAGCAAAAGUAGAAAGAAGAAAAAAACAAUAGUGAUUAGCACACGACUGAACAAAACAGUGAAUGUGUUUUCAUUAAAAUUGUGAGUGGGUGAAAUUGCAGAGACAUAAACGAAGCCAGCCACACUCAGCGUGUGAAAGAGUAACGAAGCGGAACGGAUAGAGAGAAUCAGACAGUAAGUGAAUUGUGUCUAAGCAAAUUGAGUGUGUUGGACGGUUUCAUAGACGACGAGCUACCGCAAAGCAAAUACUAGUCAUAUCCCAAGAGAACACAGAACUGAGUGUGCAUUGAGUGUAUUGAACGAACAAGAGAUAGAAAAAAAAGCAUGACAAAAGUAACACAAAUUCGAGAUUUCAAUGAAAUGAAGCAGAAAAAAUGAUAAACAAACAUGCGAAAUUGAACAAAGCAAUUAAAAUGACGAUCAGAUUCACAUAAUGAAAAGUAACAACAAAUCGAAUUAAAGAGCAGUCAUUCGAGUGUUAGAUAGAUAUAGAAACGAGCAAAAAGUUAAGUCGAGUAAAGAGUGUAAGUUUGUCAUCAUGCAUUGCGGUUAAGCAUCGAUUGAUAUGUGGUUCACGAAAUAACAAUGUUACACUCGAUCAUAAAAUAAAUUCAAUGGAGCAAUGUCAUGCCAGAAAUGAACGCAGCGGUUGUUGUCGGAGUGAGCACACACACAAAUCAGCGACGAGAUUUAUGAAAAUUAAAAUAAAUCAGUACAAUUAAAUUGAAGCACAAAAAGGAUUCCAUCUUUUUUGUUGCUUUUGUUUUGUUCAUUAAUUUUAAUCCCUGUUCUUGAACCGUGUUCGCCUUCUUUAUUUCGCGCAAAAGUAGCAACUUCAACAGCAAUAGCGAGCAAACCUUCGGUUAAUACACUUUGCCCUCUCCUCCCUGCGCAUUAAAGUAAAACCGCAAGGUUUCAUUGUCGUUUAAAUUCAUUUGAAUGCGUACGCUUCAUUCAGCAAGAUUUUCGUUGUGAACCAUCGAAGAGGACCAUUGAAUGACGACACCGCCAACUGAAAGAGAGCAAAAGAGACCAGAUGAACGACAAGUAGAGCGAACGAAAAAAAAGAGAAACUUUUACAAGCUUAAAGUGAUAUUGGUGUGCGAGUGUUUAAAUUCUCACAUUAUUCCGAAUAAAUGACUUGAACAUUGGCUAAGAAACUUGAACUCUCCUUUUUUUAGAUUACAAAGGCUAUUACGAAUGAUAAUAACAAAGUGUCGACGUGAUUUGACUUUUUUCUUUUACUUCUUCUAAUCCAAAUGGUACGAGGGACGCGUGUUCGUCACAAUUUAUAAACUUGGUGUAUUGUUGUCAUUACACUGAUGCUACAUUUAUUAUUGUACGGCAACAACAGCAGCAGCAGCAGCACGAUCAGAAUGGUUGGAAUGGUGUAAAUCUUUGCACCCCAGCGCACAACCCUCAAAAAGGAAAAGAGAAAGAACAAAAAAUAUUGUACCAUAUAAAUUUGUUGCGGCACGUCGACUGAAAAUUUCUGCUCGGUUUCGUUUUCCAAGCGUGGUUGACAAAGACGACGACGACAACGACGAUACAGCGACCGAGCAAAUUGAAUUCGAACGAUUGAAUGAAAGGCAACAGUAAACCACUUGCCACACGCAUAAAUAAAGUACGAACUAAAAAAGGACAUACGACAAAAAAAGACAACAAAAGCGAGGGAGUGUGAAAGAGACAGAGAAAGAGAACACGAAAGUGACGAACAAAGCACAACGCAAAAAACGUUAUAAUAAAAUAUUUACAGUCAACAAAGGAAAUUUGCAUACGCAUUAUUACACCAUCGAAACAUCAAAAAUUAGGUCGGUUUUUCUCUGUGCUUUUACCUACAUAACAUUAUUAUUCGAAGCACCCCGAUUGCGAUAUUUCCGAAACAUUUUACAAUAUAUAUAAUAUGAACAAGUGACUCAUGUUGGCUUGACUAUGACGAUGAUGAUUGAAUAUCGGUGGCUUUUCCCCACUUUUCUAUUUACGAACAUUGUUGUGCCAGUCGAACGAUUACUUUAAACGAUUUCGGUUAAAACAAAUUUAAACAAACAUAGGACAAUCGUGCUUUAUCGUCGAAAAACGGUUUGUCGAAGGCGAACGCAUUUUUCGUGUGCCGAUAUUGUGAAUAUCUUAUAUUGAAUGGUAUCAUUUCAAGUGUGUUUUUUUAUUGUUGUUGUUGCUGUUCAAGUCAUAAACGAAAAAGAAGAAGUAAAAGACAGAAUACAGUGAAUGAAUACGAUUGGAACUGUGAGUGUGAGACAAGCGCACCGUUAAAUAAAGUGUAAAAGGCAACGAAGAAGAAGAAGAAGAAGAAGAAGCGAUGGGUACGAGGGUCGGUGUAUCACCAACGAUUAAGUAGCUGUCAACAGUAGCAUCGCACGCCAGUGGCUGCUUCCUUCCGGCAAUUAAAAUUUUAUCAAAAAAACUACCACUCGAAAAUCGAAACCACAUUAUCAAGAAAACUCGCCAUCCUUUUAUCGACGUGAUUACCAAGGGGGCUUACAAAGGGCCCCCGUUUCAGCGCAUAGUAUGGAGUUUUUACGCGGCAUCUAUGCUUUUAUGCAAGUUAGUCGUUCAUCGGCACAUCAUGUGAAAACCGAUUCAGCUGUAUUCCGUUUACAUACAAAUGCAACCGUAAUUUUACUCGUUACAUUUUCAAUAGCCGUCACUACCCGGCAAUACGUUGGAAAUCCCAUAGACUGCGUUCAUACGAGAGAUAUACCCGAAGACGUACUAAAUACAUAUUGUUGGAUUCAUUCAACGUACACAGUUGUCGAUGCAUUUAUGAAGAAACAGGGAUUGGAAGUGCCUUUUCCAGGUAUAGAUAAUUCACAAGGUGGUCGGGGACCGCUCACGAUAAAACACAACAAAUAUUAUCAAUGGGUAGCAUUUACACUAUUUUUCCAGGCGAUAUUGUUUUAUACUCCGCGAUGGUUAUGGAAAUCAUGGGAGGGUGGAAAAAUACACGCGCUAAUGCUCGAUCUCGACAUCGGCAUCUGCUCCGAAAUCGAAAAGAGACAAAAGAAAAAGCUACUGUUAGACUACUUAUGGGACAAUUUAAGGUACCACAAUUGGUGGGCAUAUCGAUAUUACGUAUGCGAGCUACUGGCGCUGCUGAAUGUAGUGGCUCAAAUGUUUUUAAUGAAUAAAUUCUUCGACGGCGAAUUCAUGACAUUUGGCUUGGAUGUCAUUGCUCACAUGGAAGCGGAUCAAGAGGAUCGAAUGGAUCCAAUGAUAUACAUCUUUCCAAGGAUGACCAAGUGUACAUUUUAUAAAUACGGUGUCAGCGGUGAAGUGGAACGACAUGAUGCGAUUUGUAUACUGCCGCUGAAUGUAGUCAAUGAAAAAAUCUACAUAUUUCUUUGGUUCUGGUUCAUCUUACUAUUCAUACUGACUUCACUAACAUUAAUUUAUCGUGUUGUUAUAAUAUUUUCGCCCAGAAUGCGGGUGUAUCUACUACGUCUAAGGUUUAGGUUAGUGCGUCGUGAUGCCAUAGAGAUAAUUGUACGUCGUUCGAAGAUGGGCGAUUGGUUCUUAUUGUAUAUGUUAGGCGAAAACAUAGAUACAGUUAUAUUCCGUGAUAUAAUGCAAGAGUUGUCGAAUCGUUUAAGUCAGCAUCAGCAUCAUCAUGUUCCUGGGAUGAAAGGCGAAAUACAAGAUGCUUGAUAUUUGUAUGGAUGAUUGGCAUUUACGGAAAAUAACUCACCAAAUGCCAAUGGCAUGGGCAAUGUGUGCAAUAAUAAUAUUGCAAGCAAUGCAACAGCUGCAGCUAUCACAUCCUUAGCUACCAUUAUUGAUACUCUAAAAGUCUACUGUAAACAAACAUUACUGAUAAUUACUUAACCUAACUAUACAAAACAAGCAUACUAUUACACAUUAUAACUGGCAUUAAUGAUAACGUACUCAUUAAUUUUAAUACCAACAACAACAAAAAACAACAAGAGAAAGAAGAAAAAAAACAACAACCACAACCAUGCGAACAAUAAUAGCGUUUUUAUUCGUAGUUCGAUAAACACUUAUUGUUUCUAAGUUAUUUGAUUAGUGUAAUAAUAAUAAUGAUAAUGCCUAGCGUUAGUUGAUAAGAAUAUGUUCGGAUAUGUCGAUCCAUUGAUCGUUCAAUGAAACUUCAUUAAGUUAUAGAUAUAUUGUCAAAAGUGGUCGUAUUUAAUCAUCAUGACAAUUGAAUAAGUAUUCGUAAUACAAUGAAUCAGCCAUUUGUCGAAAGCACUACAAGUUUAUAUAGUCUAAAUGUCACACACGGCAUCUCGAAUGUGUGUGUUUGUUAUAUUCGACAUGUUCGAUGGAACAACACACACUCUGAGAGAAAGAGAUAGUAACUCAUGUUGAAUUAAAUUAAACGUUGGCAGCAAUUCAAUUGCCAAAUUAAAUGUAUAAGAAGGAUAUUAAUCUCUUGCCUUUAGCAACAACAACAAAAAAAACAAAACAGUCAACAAACGAUAAUUUUCACAUGUGUUCAUGAAGUCGAAUAUGAUUAUUAUUCCAACGGCAAGAGUUAUCACAGGCAAUCUACUCCCACUCCUACACAUCCAAAAUGAAAGAAAAAAAGAAACCAAAAAUACUGAACGACAUUCAACAUUUAUUCAAAUUCGAUAAAAGAAGAACGCAAAACAAAACAAAAAAAGAAGAGAAAUACACAUCGAAGUGAUGCGAUUCACUUGAUAAUAAUUUACACAUGUCAAUAUUUCAAGGAAAUGGUAAACGAUCUACUGCCCAAAACGCAAUGCGUGCGCUCCGAGCUCCUGUACAUAAACAUUUUAAAUAACGUUUAACCAAAUCAAAUCCGGAAGCAACUCUCAAUUCGGAUUCAUCGUUUUUUUCUUCUUUUCACAAUAAUAAUUUUGGCAUUCGAUUUUGUCUUUCUUUUAAAGUUCCGUUUCAGUUGGAACAAACGCCACUUUUUUAGACGAAUUCAUAAAUUUGUAUAAAUAAAAACGAAUAUAAAAAUGCUGUAAAAAUUAGGCACAAUACAUAAUGUUAGUCAUUAAUUAAGGGAUACACGUCAAAUUUUGGAAUGCAACCAAAUGUGAACGAAGAAAAAGUAAACAUUUUAGAAAGCAAUAACUUAUACAUAUGGUAAAGAUAUUGAACUCUUAUCAUCAUUCUUCUAGUAGUUCAGUUUGUGAAAUGGUCGAUAAUGACGACGAGUGAGCGCGAUUCAUGAAUGCAUGCGGAAAUAGAGAAAGUGAAAAGCAGCUCUGUAAAUACUAGAAAAUCUAAAGAAAAAAUCCAUGCUCAUCUUUUCAUCCCGGACGAGGAGGAGAAGAGCAAGAGUCUCUCUCAUGGAAUACUGCCAAUUAAUUUAAAGAAACAAACAAUGAAAUUACCGAGAAUUGUUGACUAUUGUAUAAACAAAUUUAUUGAAGAAAAUUACAGCUUAGAUUUUGCACGAAAUCGUGUUAAACUGAGAAAUCAGCACUGAACUGCUGCCGAAUCGGGUAUUGGAACAAUUGGAUUUUUUGUUUCUUUUUUAAAAUCAUCAUUGAACACAAAUUGUGUUCUGCAUUUUGAAUUAUCACUUUCUUUUUGACGAUGUGGACGAUUAUUCGUCCAAACGUCAGCUCAUCGCUUCGCAAUUCCAACUGGCAAUGCAUUCGUUAGCGAAUUGUAUUCGGUUUGCAUUUUCUUUUUCGUUGACGAGAAAAAAACACAAUUGAAUGUCAUAACGACCCGUUCAUUUAAACACAACAGCUUUUAUUUCUUUCAUUCAGUGUAAUAAGUAGGUAAACGUUAAGCUCUUAGAUUCAAUUGCGAUAAAUCCAAAAAUAGAUUCACUCCUUGUAUUUUGUUAAUUGCUUCAAUUUCGUUGUUGUCGAUCUCAUUACUUAUUUUAUUUUUUACUAUAUAUUUUUCUAACGAAAAUUAUAAUAAAUAGACAAAUGAACCGAGCAAAAGGAAUAAAAAGAAUUAAUAAAUUUAAUACAUUUAACAAUUAAAUCAUAGCAAAUCUCUAUUAAAUGUAAAAUGAUGUGAAGAUAAAUGCGAUUUUCAUUUGAA